CUGCGUGUGCGAGUGUGUGAAUUUGGCAGUGAUAACUGACUCGGAACGCACGACUGCGAUGUUCUUCCCGAGGUGACUGAAAACUGUCACCACUGGCACCUAAAGCGCUCUCUCUCGCUCUCACUCUCUCUCUCCUCCACUCUACCCAUCAAGGACAGACACGGCAGAGUGAAGGAAGAACAGUGGCGUUAACUCUCUCUCACCCUCCUCUUUUUCUCUCCCUUCAUCUUUCUGUUUUCUCUUCUCCAUUGUUCUCAUUCAUCAUUCUUGUUCUUCUCCCACACUCUUUUACGCUCACUCGCUCUCUUUCCCUCACUCGAUUGUGCUCGCUCUCCCUCCCUCCCUCACUUGUUCUCUCAUGAAUGUCACCUUUACUGGUGGUAGCCGCUGGAUUUGCGCACACACCCACAUACACACACGCUUGCUGGCUUUGGGGUGGGGGGGUAAUGUAGGGCUGUGGGGAGAGAUAGCGCAUGCCAGAAGAGGCAGAAGAGAAAUUUCUCGGAGUCCAUUCUUCUUUUGCCGGCUCCCGUCCUGCGACUCAGGGCUUUGUCCGUCCCAGCAGCUGAAGCAGAAGUGCCUCUGGACGUGGGAGCGCUGGAUUACCGCUCCAGAUUAUUAUUUUUUUUUUCCACAGCACAACUAAAGUUAGCCAUAGGGACUGCAGGCUGACCAUCUGCCCGUUUCUGACAGGAUCUGUUUCUGAUUUGAGUCGAAUAAUUCUGCUGCCAGUGAGUGAAGAACUUUCCACGAGGACCAGCCAUGUGUGGGUGAGAAAGCUCUUCGUUUCCGUGUGCUAAACUUUAGCUUUGUCAGUGUUUUUGUCUUCAGGAACAAGACACAAGGGGAGGGGAAGGGAGAAGAGAGGAGGGGGGGGCAAAUAUGUCGGCAAUGUCGCAACGAUGACUUUGUCAGCCUCUUUCAGUAUCUUUUUGUGGAAAUGUGACUGCGUCAAUUUACGUUUUUUACGGAUUUGUUGUGGUGUCAAUAUGUAUUUAGCGAAACAAACAUAAUGAAGGACAAACCAUGGACAGGUUGUGAGUGGACCAGAACUUAACCUCUUCCCUUACUGGAGGGAAACACACAGACACGUGAGGAACCUACCUGAAUACUUGGCUCGUCGCGCGAGGUUUGACCCUUGACUUUUAUCUCUUUGUGCUGCUGGUAAAAAGACAAGUGCAUCCAGAGAGGGUCUCUUAAGCAAACAGAGACCCCCCUCCCAAAGGUGAGAGGGGGGGGAAGAUGGCAGCUCUUGCCAGUUCUCUCAUCAGACAAAAACGGGCAGUCAAGGACGACCAAGCCAACCGGCCAAUAGCCAACAAACGCAAGCCGUGCCCCAAGAGCAACAAGUCUCUUUGCCAGAAACAAAUUCUUGUUCUCAUAUCAAAAGUACGAUUAUGUGGCGGCCGAAGAGGAAGAACAGACAAAAGACCAGAGCCGCAGCUAAAAGGCAUCGUCACCCGUCUGUACAGCCAGCACGGCUACUACCUGCAGAUGCUGCCGGAUGGCACCAUGGACGGCACAAGGGACGAGAACAGCUGCUUCUCACAGUUCAACUUGAUUCCUGUGGGUCUGCGGAUAGUGGCGAUUCAGGGAGCGAAGACUGGCUUCUACCUGGGCAUGAACAGCGAGGGUUACCUCUACACUUCCGAGAAUUUCAACCCAGAGUGCAAAUUCAAAGAGAGCGUGUUUGAGAACUACUAUGUGACGUACUCCUCCAUGCUGUACCGCCAAAGCCAGUCUGGGCGCUCGUGGUACAUCGGCAUCAACCGGGAUGGCCAAGUGAUGAAGGGCAACCGCGUGAAGAAGACCAAAGCGGCCGCACACUUCCUACCUAAAGUCAUCGAAGUGGCCAUGUACAAGGAACCUUCUCUGCAUGAGCUUGUAGCGGAGCAGAGUCCUCCACGCAAAACCGUAAAGACUUCAGACUCCCCGUCUCACCAGAACGGCAGGAAAGAAGCCCCCAGAGCUGACGCUUCAUAGCACAGGGGGCGCACACAGGGAGGGUGAGGGACUACAUUGACACUGAGAACUCCAUUUCCUUCAUGCAACGAGGGCAGGAAGAGCUGUGUGAGCGGCUGUUAGCUGUGGGGUUUUGAAUGGGGCGAGAUCAGACAGCAGCCCCUGGCUCUCUGCAAUGAGCGGAGAAUCCCUGCCUCUCUCCGUCAAACCAGCUCACAUAUAUUUCCACUGACCCGGCAUGACACCUGACCCCCCCCCCCCCGUAUGAUCCCAUAAUCCUCUGCAAAAACAUGUUUCUGUGCCCCCACAUGCCCUACUUGAGUUCUCUCACAGUGUCAAACGGAAAUGCAAACAAUAUCCAUCCUAACGGAAGAAUUCAAUUGACUUUUCUUUCCCUACGGUUUCUUUUUGUUCGAACGAAAGGUUUUGGUGUGAGAAUGAGAGCGAGAGAGAGAGAGGUUAUUAUCCAAUAUCAUCAUAAUGAUUCCAGCAGAUGAGACCCUUGCUGGUUCAUUUUUUUCCUGCCACCACUUUGCCAAAGGCUGCUCUGAGCCAGUCAGAACUAUAAUAAGGAGUACAGUAAAAUUAGUUUUUAUUGGGCCAUUCACGGAGAAUCCAGUUCUAUUGGUCAGCAGGUGUAGAUUAUUUUGUACUGUGAAGCCAAUGGCGUCAGUUUUUGAAAUUAAACACAACUCUGCAGUUCCGCUUCUUUUCCAUGUCUGAUAUUCUCAAAAACAGCCCGAUAAUGAUGAUAAUGAGUUUAGAUUGAAUCCGCAACUCGAACACAUCUGUUUUUGGUUUAAUUAUGGCUACACCUGCAGGCUGUAAGACCCCCAAAAAAAAAAAAAAAACAACUAAAUUCUCUUGUGACGACUCUAUUCAUGUUUAAUGGCCAGUGGGUUUGAAGCGGCAUCCGUAUCAUUGGCAAACGAGCGAAGAUUAUUCGGGGCAGUUGUUUGAUAGCUCUUUGAUGGAAUUCUUACAGGGGAUUACAUGGAGUCCAGCCAUGAUUGCUUGAAUUAUUUACUACUUUUCCAGAGAACGUUCGGCUCGUUCAAGCAGCUCGGGCGAGAGAUUUUAAUAUGCAAAUUUAAAUUGUGGCGAGCCGAUCAAUGACGCAGUGUUUGUGUGCGUUCAGACGUGAGUAUUAGAGUGUGAAAGAGACGGAACGAUGUGAAAUGAACAUCUGCUUCCAUUAUUUAUUUGUGUGUGUGUGUGUGGCAGUCUGGGCACACGUGUGUAAAUGCAUUGGCUCGAACACCACAGUUGAUCAUUUUAAUGGUUCGGUCGAGUCUGGGCAUUUUAAUCUGCCUGGAGAUGUUGACUGAUGACCCUCUCUAGGUUUCAUAAUUGACACAUAACCAAGAGGAUGUGCUGUGACAUCCAGGAUCUCUUUGUAAUUCCGCAGGCAUCUUAUCAGUCUACACACACCGCACUCUGUAAGUUGUUUGCAAUGUGUGUGUUUGAGAAAAGCAUUGGUCAACCAGCUUCCAAAUGAUGCCCUUUUGUCCUACAGAAGGGAAGCAAUCUCCUCUUUGAAGAUGACAUCACGCGUUUUUGGGCCAAUAGCAGCUGGGGUUGUAGAAGGUAUGGCCUGAGGUGUGAUAGAUUCACAACUUUUUUUGCUGUUGUUCUGUCUAUCUGAGAAAGGUCAUUUGUUGAUUCUUAUUUGUGUUUGCAUGGCCUUUAUGUCCUUGUGCUGUGCCCUAAACACCUGAACAGCAAAAAUUACGUACGAUGAAUCAAUGUUUGACUAACAAUAUUGAAUAAAAUAGUUUGGAAAAUGCAAUAGGAAGUCAGAUGAAUGUAUAGUGGAAGUGAGGGUUUGAGCAUGUUGCAGAAAGUUUUUAGCAUGUUGAACCAUGGUACGCGUAUGUGUCUCGACGAAAGUUAUUAGCAAGUUUAAUAUUAGAAGAAUUUCCCAGUUCAAUUGCAUUGAAUAAACAGAUGUGGCAUAAUGUUGAUUACACUAAAAAUGCAGUUAAUUUUUUACCUAAUUUUCUUUAGAAAAAAAAAAACGUGAUGCACUUGAAAUGGAUAUGAAUAAGGCAAAUAUUUGUAAAAAAUAUUUGAAGUUUUAAUUUGGUGAAAUAUUUACAUUAAUUGUUCUGUUUAUAUUUGUACAUUAAUAUAGCAGUAAAGCGGUUUAAAUUACCAUUUUUAUGGUUUUAACUGUUUCAAUGUCAUGGCGAUUUGCAGAAGUAAAAUUGAAUACACUUUUAUACCAAAAAAGUUAGCAAGCCUAUUUUUUUUUUACACUAAAAUCAUGUUAACAUGCAAAUUUUUAUAUCUUGUGGCUGUUUUAUUAAAGAAAGAAUAUUUUGGGAUUUAUGAAUUUGCCCUCUUCGCUUUCAUUGUAAGUGCCUCACUCUAACCCAGAUUUUUGCAUCUUCUACUUUUUUUCUUUAUAGAAAAGGGGGGACAAGAGAAAAUUAAUUUUUGUGUUAAUCAACAUAAUGCCACGAGUGCUGUUCAUCGCGUUUAACUUGCAUUGAGCCGGGAACGUUCCCGUAAUGUGUGAGCAUGAGAAAGUCUGGAGAAAGUUUGGUUAUGCGAGACGAGAUUUGGGAUGAAGACGAUUCGCUGGCUGCGAGAGUCUGUGAAAAUCCUGAGGGCAGCUCGGUGAUUGAAGUUAGCUGGUGGAGAGGAAGACGGCUUUAGAGGCAUUAGAUUAUGAGGAGCAAAACCAGAAGAUCAUUAAGUUGGAUUCUUGGAAGAGAACGUGUGCUUUGGUGCUAAUGAUGAGAGCGGGAUCCUGUUCUGUGAAUUAGACACGAAUUGUUGCUGAUUGAGCGGAAGGCGAGGAACAGAGUCCCUCUGAGGAUGGGGGGAAGGGAACGUGUACGUGCGUUGUAUCUACCUGGCCCGACGGAGACGUUAAGAACACAAGGACGAAUGUGGUGCGCGGAUACGCCCCCUCAUGUGUGCUCCAAAGUCACGCUCCAUUUCCUGAGCAAUCUCCCCAAACCCUCUCCUGUGUGUCCAGUGGCUAUUAACCUUCCCUCCAGCUCUGUGUGUGUGUGUGUGCGCGAGCGAGAGAGAGAGAGAGAGAGAGAGAGAGAGAGAGAGAUAGAGCGAAGUAACGAUCGAUUGACUCAAUAAAAGCCAAACUGGAGAGCAGUAGCCCAGCGCUGUGAGCAAUAAUUUCCCUGUUCAACCGAGGAACCCGAGGACAUUAGCAGACGAUGAACUGAGAGGUUUUUUUUUUUUGGGGACUUUAUCCGGUCGGCGGGAAAGCGGCGGAGGACGAGACAACACGGAGAUAAAGUGACGUUCAGAUCACAAACCCAAUUUUGGUAUUGUCAAAUGGGCCUCGCUCGCCCGCUCCCGCUCUCUUGCUUCUGUCCAGACCUGGUUUUGCUGUGAAGUUGCUAGUAUUGUGGUAUCGGAUCUCUCCUGACUCUCGCUCUCUCUUUUAAAUCAGGGCAAGUUCUCAAGGACACAUUGAGUCCACCCUCUGUUUCAUUUGCCCUCAAUUCAAGCAUGCAAAAAGAGUGAGACGAUCAAGGGAACACUUAUGAAAAUUUCAUGCUGUAUUUUUGUGACGAAAAAUAGAUUUCAUACUAUCUAUCUCAGAGGAGUAAAAGAGAACAAUAUGUGUAUAUAAAUCCAAGAAAGAUUAAAAAGUAAUAUUAAAUGCAAUCAAAAAAUGAUGACAGUACUGUAAAUGGGUGCUUUUGGGGAGAUGGACUGCCUGGUCUUGCCAAAACUGCUGUGAGCCAUAAGGACUGUGGACAUGUACAGAUUUGAUUUCCUUUUUGUAUUUGUUUUUAUUAAAUUGUGAUAUAAAUUGCAACUAAAGGCCAUUUCACCCACAGUAAAAAAAAAAAAAAACGAAUUUUAAAGAACUGAUGGGUACUUCCUUGAAAUUUGCUUUUAUAUUUAGUAGAAAAUAUGUAUUAACCUGAAACCUUGUAUUUGUUUGAUUGUUUUCUUUUACUGCUAUAUUUUCCCUUGUGUAAACUUGUUUUUUAUGUUGCUUUUUUCCUCUAUUUUGAACAUUUUUAUUUCAUAAAGCUGUGCCGUUAAUGGACUAAUUGGACUUCUGAGACCUCCUCACCCAUACGUAGACACAUGAUUUCGCAAAAAAGGAAGAAAAAAAAAAAACUCAAACUGAAACAUAAAAGCCAGCGCACCUUUUCCUGAUCAGGUCUUCCAAACGAAAAGAAAACAAGCCAGCCCUUCUCUUCCCUGUCCUCUCGUCUUCCGAAAAAGCAAAGUCUUCCACUAGCCAGGGCUUGCCUGAAUGUGGCAGUAACUGCCCAACGGAACGCAGCUUCCUGCCUAAGCCCCGCCCCUGACACGGUGAAUGCAGGAACAGGCUGAUUGGCUGACAGCCACUGGAGGCGGAGCUACACACACCUGCCCUAUGGAGACUCGUCGAAGGCUGACCAUAGACUAACAGCCUGGGUCAUUUGGCCAUCCCCUGCGCCCCUAACCAGCAUGGCAGACGUGCUGCUCUGAAAGCCGACACACACCUGGGAGAAUACUGGGACUCUACUGCAUGCAUCCCACUCCGGAAAUACUAGGAACGGACUCCCCGUUACAGAGCACAGGAUCUCCUUAGCACCCUCUACUGGCCUACAACUUGCCAUCCUGUGUACGUUUCUAGAGCAAUUAUACAUCUCUGGGUUAGGAGGAGGAAGGGGGUGUGUCUUAUUACUACAUAUUAUUGAAUAAACAGUUAUAUUUGUAUUAUUGUAA